AUGCGCAUUGCAACAUGGAAUGUCCGUACUAUGAGGACAGGCCUCCCGGACACCUGUGGAGGUUACGGAUAUGCACAACAUCUGCGUAAAACUGCCGUGAUAGAUGCAGAGCUGAGCAGGCUUAACAUCUCUGUAUGCGCUUUGCAAGAGACCAGAUUACCCGACGAAGGCUCAUUGCAGGAGUCCUCUUACAAGUUCUUUUGGAAAGGAAAAGACUUUGGCGAUGCUCGUGAACACGGUGUUGGUUUUGCGGUCCGAAACGAUAUACUUUCCGCCAUUGAAACUCUAUGCGGCGUUUCGGAACGCAUAAUGGUCUUAAGACUAAAGAGCAGUCUCGGUCAUGUUACCCUGAUUGCUGCUUAUGCUCCGACAUUAAAAUCUUCGGACGAGUCAAAAGAGUAUUUUUAUAACCAACUGACCGAGACGGUGAAAACUGUUUCUAGUAGUGAUCGCCUGUACAUCUUGGGCGAAUUAAAAAUAUUUGCGCGGCAAUUAUUCAACGAAAACGUGUUUUUGGCGCCGUUGCUUCAGAUAAAUAGAACGGAGUACUUUCUACAUCAAAUUGUUAUGUUGGCUGACUUGUCUUGUCCUGGCAUAGAACAAUUUUUGAUUAAGGCCAGCAAUGAGGAAUAUUUUAAAUCUCCCUACAGAUGGCUAAUCUUGGAUACAGACGUAGGAGCUUAUAAAUUCGAUCUAUUUCAAAAGCUCAAUAUGCCACUUAAUAGUGAUGUGGUUAUUGCUAAGAAGGUCAAUGAAGAAAACUUUCAACUAAUAGAAGCAUAUAAAAUAUCGGAGAGCUCAGAUGUUAUUUAUUCUACAAGAGGCGCUUGGAGACCAGCCAAUGAACAAAAAAACCUGGACAGUCCGAAAAUAUUCAUAGAAACACGGGGAAAUACAUCUGUUUAUAUGAAAGAGGACACGAUUAGAAAAAAUGUGAUGUUUACCAAAUAUGGCGUGAUCGAGGAUUAUAGGGACUCUAAAAUUAUUUCCGUAAGACGCAAGAACUUACGAAAACACCCUCUAACCAUGGUCAACGUUAUAACUGAUAGUAAUGAAACUAGAAAGCAUUUGGAUGAUAGAUUAAAUCUUCAUCAAGACUCUAUAUCAAAGAUGUCGUACAUGGUCGUAAAAAUAUGCUUCGAAAUGCUGAACUCUACAGAGAGACGCAUCUUUACCCAUACAUGGGGGUAUAAGGACAAGAAUGGCAACUGGCAAGGGAUUAUCGAUCAUCUUUUGAAAAAGGAAGCUGACCUUGGUACUCUAACGAUAUUUACUCAAGAGCGAAUGAAAGUCAUCGACUAUAUAGCCAUGGUGGGGUCUACGGCAGUUCGAUUCGUUUUCAGAGAACCUCCCCUUGCCCUUCUAGAGAACAUCUUCACUCUACCCUUUACUGGUGCUGUAUGGCUUGCAAUUGCCAUUUGUGUCUUGGGCUGUGCAGUGUUCUUGUAUAUAACCUCAAAAUGGGAAGCUACAGUUGGGAUGGUAAUGUCUAAAAAUUAUAAACUCCUU